AUGUCCUGUACCCUCAAGAAAGAGACCCUUUUCGUGUGGUUUUUUGCCAGGGCUUCCGGAACAGAAAAGGUUUUCACGUACUCGGAGGCUGCCAUUGAAGGCAAGGAAGAUGGAAGCGUGGCCGCCGAUGACAAGGAGCUGAAGAGCUCAUGCCUCUUCCGUGUUUGGCGAAGAGAUGGAACAGAUGCCAUUUGCAAAGAUGGUGACGACGUCUUCUUCGAGCACUUGGACACAGGCAAGUUUCUCGAAGCUGCCACGGACACGAAUCCGCUGGCCUUAGCAGACAAGGAUGAGAGCUCAUCUGGCCAACUUUUCGGCUUCUUCAAACAGGGUCGGCCCAUCGAAAUGAGACACCGGGACACGGUGUACCUGCAAACCUGGUUGCACAACUACAUCGAGUACAGGUAUUUCGAGGACAGCAACUUGUACGCGAAGAGAUGGCAGAGACGCGAGCCGCAGACUCUCACAGUUCUUAAGAAGGCGGUCUUGGACUCUUCCACCACCGAAGCGGCCCGGAGGUUCCAAUUCCAAGCUUUCGACUUGGAUGGAAGCGCAACGAUCAGCAAAAGCGAGAUUGACAUGAUGCUUUCGCUCAUCAGAGGUGCGGAGCCAAGCGCAGAUGAAGUCGAGGAGAUCAUGGCCAAGGCUGAUCCAGCAUGCACGGGUGGCAUCCCCUUUGCGUCCUUUGCAUCCUGGGCGGAUGCCGGGGGCUUGUCGGAGGAGGAGCUGAACCACGCUGAGGUGCUGGGGAACGUGGCGCAGAGAUGCUACGAUGCCUUGCAUGAGGACAAGUGCCUUGUUGAGGUACUGGGCACUGUUGAUGCCAGGACCGUCCAAGGCAUGAUCUCCCAGUAUGCAGAGAACCUGAAAGCAGGAAGCCUGAGCGAAAUCCUGGUGGAGAAAGCAGGGGCGAAGUCAGAUGGCUGGUUCUUCUCGGGGCACUGGAAAAAUUGCAUGAUGGCAUUGCUGGAGCCAGAGGUCGACCUUUGGGUGCGCUGCCUCAAUGAUGCAAUGAGGGGCUGGGGCACCGACGAGAACUCGCUGUCGGCCUUGGUGUUCCCUAGCUGUUUUGGUCAGGAUGUCUCUCUUUUGCUUCGCAAAAAAAGGCUGGCGUAG